AUGUGGCACGCCUUGGGGGCCAGGCCAGACCUGAAAAACCAGCUACCGCUUUCAGUCCAGAGAGCUCUGAUAUGGCACGUCGUGUCUACCAUCCCUCGCUUUCGACUUCUUCAGUUCAUAAUCGCGCCUGAAGUCGGUCGUUUCAACUGUUCAGACUCAUCUCAGGCAGGUUUCUAUUUUGUUUUUAAUUCCCAGCUCUGUUAGCGUCAACGUGUGUGUGUGUGAGGGAAGGAGCGUGUGGACUAUGCUCACUUCAGUCAACUGAAGGAGGGGGAGUGGAGGAAUUGAUACUGUGGAGAGAGAACUCCACAACGGGGAACUGAUCAUACAGGACAAAUCUAAAGAUGCAGAGAGCCGUCACAGCAGCCGUGACCCAGUCCACAACCACACAGAGCACCACAGUCAUCACCAAGUCUAGAGAACAAAUCCUCACGCAGAGCUCAGGAGCCAUGAUAGCUGUAAUCGUCAUUGGUAUAAUCAUCAUUCUCACAUUUUUGCUGAUUAUCCUCAAGACAUACAACAGGAGGACCCAUGCGAACAGGAUGCUGAAUGGAGGCUCCAACAAACCACGAAAGAAGGUGUCCUCAACUACCACCAACACAAACCUGGCCAUGAGCAACGUGGUUGCAAACUCAGUCUCUGGAAGCUUUGCGCAGUCUAAUGCAUCCUCAGAGAACGGGUACCGCAUUCCUCGCGUCGACCUGGGAAACGUGGAUCUGAGUAAUGGGGAGCAUUUCAGCACCAACAGCGGCUCAACUAUUGUGACGAUACAUGACAUGCCAUCAGUAGAUAACACAUAGCAGACAUUAUCCGGACACUUGGAUGAUACUAACAUGAACAGAGAACCAGUGGAAGAGGCCCGGUCAUAUCUGAGCACCCACCAUUAACCGAACAUUCACUGCCCGUUUGGGAUUUUAUGGAACUUUGAUAAAAGUCCACUUUAGAAAAACCUGUAUAUGAUAUAGAAGAACCAGAGGAACGCUUCAGACGAGUGUCCUAUCACUUGAAUGAUUCUAGUUUUAUUUUUAGCACUGGAUUUGGUGAUGAAAUGUAGGUUAGAACAUAUUAUACUACCUUGAGCUGAAAACUGUUUUUCUUAAAAAAUGGAAUUGGUGGGAGCCAGAAUUCAGUUAGAGAUGAUAAGGAUGCCCGUUAAUUUAACCAUGACGUGCACUCUGUAAUAGCAAGGUCUGUCAUAAAAGAUGUUCAAACAAUAUAAUAUAAUGUAUAUGUUUUACAUUUAUGCAUUUGACAGAUGCUGAUUCAUUAAAAGUAUAGAUUUUGUUUA